AUGAAAAGACCAGGUUUCGGUAAUAAAGGAGUACCGAUAAAAAUUCAAACAAACUUCUUUGAAGUUACUAAUAAGAUACCGAAAAUGAAAAUUACACAUUAUGAUGUAACGAUAUUUCCUGAGGUCCCUCCGCGAUUAAAUAUUAAUAGGAAAGUAUUUAACCAUUUUUCAGAGGAAAACCAAGUAGACCUUGGGGGCGUAAAACCAGUAUUCGAUGGAAUAAAAAAUAUGUUUACACACAAGCCAUUGCCAUUUAAAGACAGAAGUUUUUAUGUAGAAUUAGAGGAGGACAACAUGCCCAUGGGUAGUAAACGUCCAUUUCGAAGAUUUACAAUUAGGAUAAGAAAAACUAGAGAUUUUUUCAUGGAAGACCUAUUCCGAUUUUUACACGCAAAAGGCAAGAUGACCUGGAAUUGCAAAAUGGCAAUAACGGCAAUGGGCGUCAUUAUCAGUCAUGAGAUUUUUACAAACCAUCCUACUAUACGUAAUUUAUUUUAUACUUCGCAGGGAGCUAUACCCCUCUUUGGGGGUAUAGAGGCUUGGCCAGGGUAUUACCAAUUAGUACGUCCCACAAUGGGAAAAAUGAUGAUAAACAUAGAUUCAAGUGCUACCACUUUCUAUGAAGGUGGUCCACUUAUUCAGAUGAUUGUAAAAAUAUUGGGUCUUAGAUCUCCCAAUGAUCUACGUAAAGGAUUAUCAGAUAGUAAGGACCGUCGAAAAGUUGAAAAGAUAAUAAAAAAUCUUAGGAUAAGUGAUAAUCAUAUACCGGAAAAUAGACGAAAUUUUAAGAUUGAAAAAUUAACUCGAAGUUCAGCUUCAGACACUACGAUUAAUAGAAAUAAGAUCGAUGUGGAAACCUAUUUUCAAAAAAAAUACAAAAAACGUUUAUUAUACCCAUUUCUCCCUUGUGUUGUUGUAGGAAAAAAUUAUUAUCUUCCGAUAGAAGUUUGUGACGUAAUUCCGGGGCAACAACACAUACGGAAAUUGAAUGAAAUACAAACAGCUGACAUGAUUAAAUUUACUUGCCAACCUCCGAGUGCUCGGGCAAAUAAGAUCCUGGCUAGUCUCAAUAUAUUAGAUUAUCAAAAUAACGAAUACCUUAAACAAUUCGGGAUGGAAAUAUCAAACGAUAUGACUGUGGUAAACGCUAGGAUUCUUCCCACUCCAAUAAUUCAGUACCACCAAACAUCAAAGGAGAAUCGUAUCGAACCGAAAGGUGGAGAAUGGAAUUUACGAGAUAAAAGAGUAGCAACAGGUGCUACCCUUGGUUCAUGGUCAGUUUUGGCCUUUUUAAAUGAAAAGGAAUUACCUGAUAAUAUUAUUAUUGCAUUCUUGAGAAAAUUUUUUAUUACAUGUCAAGAUACGGGAAUGAAUAUUCUAAAUAGAUUUCCUCCUAUAUGUCGCGAAAAUGGAAAUACUGAAGAAUCAUUAAGAAAAGCCUGGUUGAGGGCUGGCAAUAAUGCGAAAGUUAAACCUCAGCUUAUUCUAUGUAUUCUCCCACAUAGAUCAGUUUUGUAUGGCGAAAUUAAACGUGUUAGUGACACAGUUAUUGGUGUCGCAACACAGUGUGUCCUAAGUAAAAAAGCGAAAACCCUGAAAAAACAAUAUCUUGCAAACAUUUGCCUAAAGAUAAACGUUAAACUUGGAGGAGAGAAUUCAUUUCUUAUUCCCGAACAUAUUCAAUUUGUGGCAGAUGAACCUACUAUUUUGAUGGGCGCAGACAUUACUCAUCCUUCGCUUGGUGGUUACAUAAGUCCAUCUUAUGCUGCCUUAUGUGGUUCUAUGAAUGCUAGGGCGUCACGUUAUGUAGCAUCACUUAGGGUUCAAACCGGUCAUACUGAAAUAAUAAAAGAUUUAAAAGAUAUGGUUAAAGAAUUGUUAAAAACAUUUUAUCAAACUCAUAGGUUAAAACCUAAAAAAAUUUUAUUUUACCGAAAUGGAGUUUCAAAGAGUCGAUAUAUUGAUGUGCUAGGGAGUGAACUAACCGCGAUUAAAGGCGCGUGUAAAAGUCUUGAGACUAAUUAUGAACCCACUAUCACGUUUGUUUUGGUAAAGAAGAGACGCCACACACGUUUUUUCCCAAUGGAAAGUAAAUAUACUGAUAGAACGGGAAAUUGUCUUCCUGGUACCGUUGUUGAAACGGACAUUACACAUCCAUUUGAAUUUGAUUUUUAUUUAUUAAGUCAUGCUGGAAUAACGGGGACGUCUCGGCCAACUCAUUAUCAAGUUUUAUAUGACGAAAAUGGAUUUGAUGCAGAUGGGUUACAAACGUUAUCUUAUAAUCUCUGUCAUACUUAUGCGCGUUGUACGCGUGCAGUAUCUUUGGUACCUCCGGUAUAUUACGCCCACUUAGCUGCCACCAGGGCAAAAUUUUACUCAUCCUAUGACUUCGAUACGGGAGAAACCACAUUUGAAGCGGUAAAGGAAGCACUACGAAAGGUAAAUUAA